AUGCGCGAGAGACUGCCUUCUUGGGUUCCGGACUGGGGAGUUCAAAUUCCCGACUAUUCGCCUUUCUUCAAGCAGAAGCCAUCGACGCCUCAUGAGCCCUUAUGUACUGCGGACAAAGUCCUUGUGUUCGCACCGCUGGGCUACCGGACUGUCAAAGACAUCAGCGCAGUCUUGCCGCACUGGUCGGAAUACCCUCCAGACUUCUUGGCGGAGUUAAAAAGUUGGCGAACAGUUGAUGAGAACGCGCGAGACUCACUAAGAGAACAUCAAGGGUGGGAUCCACUGAAGAAAUCGGGAAUGUGGAAAUUGCCCAAGUUCAUAGAGGAUAACAAGCAAUGGCGCAAUGUCAUGCGAAAAGUCUGGAAGGGGUUUGUCCAACCUCUGAAACCGCACGACGAACAGGCAUUCGUAUAUGAGCAGUUGAUGCAUUCCAUGGACCUCGGCCAUUUGUACUGGCUUGUGGACAGAUAUUUCCCCAGGGAGGAAGAUGAGAAUCAGUCCUCGCUGGAAGAGGACUGCCCAGGGCGGCAGUUCCGUCUCUACAGGGGCGAAGAUGAUAACUUGAGCUUUAUCACCGCGGAUGCCCGCCCUCGAGAUUUGGUAGUCGAUGCGUGCUCCUUCCGACCUCCCAAAGGAUCUAUUACUGGGAUCCACGGGGAAGGUCUAGUUCAAACGAUCAAGUGCACGAACUUCUUGGAUAGGGGUAUGGGGAGUAGUAAGGAACGGUUCGCAACACAUAACCAACGGACCUUCUUUCUUGACCGCGGGGGCACAUUAAUCAUCAGGCCAAGCCCUCAGAGUGCAGACGACAAUCUUGAUCAUGCUAUCAGAACAGACUUCAUAGAUGAGGUCAAGCUUCGAAAUGGAGUGGAUGUCGCUACUCCGGACCCGGAGUGCUGGAACAUCCACUUAUGUCAUUUCAUACUGGUUGGACGGCACGACGAACAUGAUGAAGAGCCGCUCUAUCGCUGUUGGUGGGACUCCGGAAUGGAUGCAUGGUACGAUAAGGGCGGUAAGCCUGUCAAAGCAACACAGGCCGAAGGCUUCACCAGCGCGACGGAUGGGAUGCCCUGGCCGGAGCCGCUGGCAUCCACCGUUGAUGAGUAUUGGGAGGAUGCAAACGUAAACUUUGGGUAUCGAAGUCAAGUUCCGGCGGCUGAGUCUCACGCCUCAAAUUGGAGGGAAACCACCAGUGAUUACGUUCAAGGAUGCGAAAAUGGGAGUUGUGAUCAACGGCGCCAUCUUUGGAAGCCUUUCUUGCAGUGGACAUCCUUGGGUUGGGAGCACAAGGGUUACUGUCGACCGCAGCAACAAUAUCGCAAGGCGAAAGGGUAG